AUGAAGGCCUGGCAAUUCCUACCUUCCUUUUGGAACAGCUUUGCCCUACCCACCAAUAUCCAAAAACGACUCUACAAGUUUCUGCUGCGUAAAGCUAUCGGCCAGUUCCUUGCCAAGGAGUUGGAUCUCGACAACUUUGACAUUGAGCUCUACAAUGGGUCUGUGGAGCUGCGAGAUCUGGACCUGAAUCUAGAGACACUGAAUGAUUGUAUUGCCGAUACGCCGUUUGUGCUUGUGGAAGGCAAAGUGGGAUCGAUUACAGCGUCAUUACCAUGGUCGAAUCUUGCCAGUGGUAUCAUUGCACUCAAGGUUCAAGGAUUACAAUUAACAUUACGACCUGUCAAGACUCGCCGGAAAUCACGUAACAAAGAAGAUGAUGACCCGCCAAUCAUGUCAUCUUCUCUUCAUUUCGCCGAUGAUUUUUUGAGAACCGAAAUGGAGGAUCAAGAAUUGAUGGAUUCAAUACAAAAGUCAAUGCACAUAUCAACAUCAUCAUCCAGUGAUCGUCAAGGAGACGUGGAUAUUGGCAUGGAAGGACUUCAAGUACUCACUCGGGUGAUCGAUAAGAUGUUGGCCAAAGUCAAAGUCGAUGUUAUUGAUACCACCGUUCGCAUCUUGCAUAAAUCAGCGGCUCCACCUUCACCCCAUCAUGAUGAAUAUUAUCUCGAUUUGCAAAUCGCACGCAUCUCUUACUUUGAUGAAACACCAGAAUUCAACAAGCCAUCAUCACAACAACCGCUUGAUGAGUCCAGUAUCCAUAUCAACAACAAUACCAUCAAAAUCAUCACCUUGUCAUCCCCUUCCAUAUGGAUACGAUCAAAAAACAAUGGACCCUUGUAUUCUAUACCAACCAACAGUGAAACUCGACUCCAUAAUGAUGAUGAUGAGAACAGCGAUUUGGAGCAAACAGAAUUCUAUGAAGCCAAUGAAGGGUUAUACGGUGGUGGAAGCAAUUCUAUUCAUUCGAGUUUUAUGAGUGGAUCAACGACACCUAGAGCGUAUGGAGCGUUUUCGACAUCUAGCAACAAUACCAACAAGCCGUAUGAAGCUUUAUUAUUUACUAUGUUCGACAAGGAGAAUUGGAUACGAGUACAAAUGCGACCUUCUUAUCCGCUGAAUCCAACGCGCCUCUCCGAUCAUACAUCAGCCAUCAAACAAAUUGACAUUUUAUGUUCGCAUAUCCGUACCAUGAUCACACCUCGACAAGCCGCAUUCCUUGCUGAUUUAUUAAAGCAUACGAUGGAUGCAAUGACUGAUACCUCCUCUUCCUCCUCUUCAACAUCGGAGUCCUCUACACCUGAUAUGACGACAUCCAGUAUACCCAGAAUGGAUAGCAUUCUUCUUUCUCAAAGCUCAUCACCUGAUCUUGGCUUCGAUCGUAUUCGUUCACCUCCUCGACUCGUUAUACCCAACAUGACGACACCCUCCUCCACCACCACCACCUCAUCAUCAGCAGCAUCAACAUCUGCAUCCUCUGUACCUGAUAUCAAGAUCAAGUUUCAAAUCAAUGAGAUGGAAUUUUAUUUUCUCGUGCAUGAUGGACCUGAUUUAUCACCACCACCACCAUCCAUGUGGGAAACCUAUGAAUGCAAUGGCUGUAAGGAGAUUGGCCAUAUUCGAUUAGCGAUCCGCGAACUGGUUGCACGUUAUCAACAAUUCCCAGACAACAACAACAACGCACAAAGAAAGGAUGAGUCAACGCUAGCAGCAGCAUCUUCAUUAUUAUCAACCUUUGAUAUCAAGGUCAAGCGUAUGUCGGUUGAUGAAUGGAUAAGGCGGCCUUCAUUUGAACCAUGGUCGUCAAAGAAAGCGGCGGCAGAACGCGCAUGGCAGAUUCCUUAUGAACGUUACCUACCCAUUCUUGAAUUCGAUGACAGCAUAAUGCAUGAUUAUCGGCAUGAUACCCAGUUUCCUAGCAUUGUACAAUCCCACGCUACCCAUCGCAUACGCUCCCACCAUCAUCAUCAUCGUGACAAGUCCCAUCACCAUGAAGUCAUCAGGAUACGAGUGGAAAAGAAACAUGCACAUCAAUCCAGGCGUUUUGUCAAUGCUACAAGUCUCGAGGAAAAUACCCAAAUCACCAUCAUGCCACUCAAGAUACAUGUGGAUCCUCAAGUGGCCGAUCGAUUCGAGAAUUAUGUGUAUGCAAUGAUGGAAUUGACUGAAAAAUGGGAUAAGCCAACAAGGCCACAGGAGAUGAGCAAUCUGGAUAGUUCGCUUGGGCAACGUAUUUAUGAAGAUUUGGAUCGAGGAUCAACCAAACGGCAGCAUUGCAAAUCCGCCAGCUUCAAAUGUGGCUUUAUUCGCAUCUUGCUUUAUGUUCCUGACAUGAGUCAAGUGUGCGUACGGGAUGAAUUCAAUGAUCUUUUGCAUUCGGAUAUUCUCAGCGUGGAUAUCAAACAAUUUGGCAUAUCAUGGAAAUCGGAGGGUGAUGGUGGACAAGAAGAGCCGACUUCUGCACAUACACCAUUUCAAGGAAUGAAUCUUGGCACAACGUCCAACUUAGACGCACCCAUCAAGUUGCAAGCUGAAUGUGAUUUUAUCAAUGUCUUUCUCAAGCAAGCGCAUGACACCGCAUCCCGCUGCUGGUUCACAGCAAAAACCAUCCCACCUCAAGAGCCUGAUACGUUUUCAACCACAUCCACCGUGGCUAUACCCCAAGCACCCACAUUUGAAAUCACCGUGCGAUUAUCUGAUUCCAUGCAUGCACCCACCGUACCAGCUGCUAAAUCAGGAUACUUUGGAUCGGGAUCCGAUAUACCCAAUAACCUAUUUGAGCACUUGAACAAGAAUGAAUCCUUGGACGCUAGUCGAAAGCCGCAUGUACCUAUGGAAGAUCAAACGGAGUCAGCCAUGAUGUUCAAACAAAGAACAGUGGAAACAUCGCUUUUUGUGGUGAAUUGUCAUUUCCCUUCCACGCGCAUGAAUUUGGCCAAAGAGGUGUGGGAUACAGUGCAAAUCUUGCAAAAUGACCUGUUACUAUGGCAACCCAAGUUCAUUUCUCGCGUUCAAGCUGCCAAACAAGGCGACAAGGUAUCAGGCGAUAGCUUUGUUCGACGAUCGGGCGAUUAUGAUGCUGCUGGUUCUUCUCUACGUGCAUCCAGUAUAUUGAGCCAGAGCCAUGAACGCCUUGGCUACUUGACACAUGCAUCAAGCCUAUUAUCGUUAAUUGCAGUCAUGAGUGAUGCACGAUGGGAUUUGCAUUGGAGCUCCAAAGACAAGACAAACAAGGCAAGCUAUCGAGUACGGAUGUCCGAAUUUCGUUACUUUACUGUUGUCAAGCAUCUUGGGACGGAUGAAAAUGUGACCACAUUGGAUAUUGAUGAGUUGACUUUGGACCAAAUUGUACCCUUCAAACGACCCAUUUUAUACAAGACAAUCAGCGGCGAACUCAGCCCGAAACGAAACACAGCAAUGAUAUCUGUGUUUGCCAAGCUCUUCAAUGAUUAUGCGCUCAAUAAGCAGCACAAGAUUACCAGCGUGGUGGCAUGCAAUCUUUGUUGGCGGUUCAGCAUGGAUCUUGAUUUCAUAGAGCAAUUGGUUGAUUUUCAAAAGACGCCAGAAGAGAUGGUCUUUAUUGAUCCACCGACGCAGUACAAUAAGGUUUAUGCCCACAUUUUGGAUACGUCGAUUGAUUACAAGCCUAUCCAUUUGCCAUCACGUGCAGUCAUUGUUAUUGAUGAUUUCCAGAUCAUUACCGAUAUCGUGUCCAGUGGUCAACCCAUUAUUUCUAUCAAGACGUUCCUCGAAAGAUUGGAUGUGAUGCUUGUGGAUGAUGACCAUGAUAUCGAUGACCAGCACCUUGAUCAUGUUUUUGGCCAUCGUGGAAGCACAUGUGUGAGUGCUAAGGAAUAUUGGUCCAAUCUUGGGUUCCCAAGUGUGAUUUCGGUGGUACAAUUUGAUGCAUUGAUCAAAGCCAAGUUGGAUGAUUUGGUGUUGGCUCCCAAUUUGGAAGUGACGAUCUUCAACAAUGUCCUGGUGUUGGAAGGAUGCACGGAUUCGUUUCAUUCACUCAUCAACUUUGUCACUUACGUUGCAAAUCAAGGCGACUUGGAUACAGAGCAACAACAACAGCAGCAGCAAACCAAAGAGGAUCAUCCAAAAAGGAAAACAAAGGCACAUGGAAAGCAACCGAUUGUUACCAAGCAUCGUAGCCCUGAAGACAAUCCAGACAUGCUUGCCAGCCUUGAUCCCGAUGCUUUCAGAAGAAUUACAGCCAAUGUCAUGUCAUCAGCUUCAUCCUCAUCAUCAUCAUCACGUCCCCAAAGUAAUGUACUGGAUCUUGGCUAUGUCGAGGGCUAUUAUUCUACAGAAGCUACUAGACCACCACCACAAAAGCCAAGACGAAGACAUGCAGCACAACAUCCCAACAUGGCAACAAAGAACGAGAGUGCGUGUCGGUUGCUAAUGCACGAUUUGGAUGAGCUUGUCAUUGUGGAAAACUUUUAUAGCACUGACAAGCAGGUGAUGCGAGCCGGCAGGCCUGGUGUAGAUACUUCACGUUCACUCCUUUCGUUGCGUAUACACAACUUUGAUAUUGUUUGGAACUUGUACGAUGGCUAUGAAUUCAAGUACAUGCGAUCGAUGCGAUCAUCAUCCGCCUCCUCAAGACCCACCUCUUCUAGCAGCAUUGAUAGUCGCCUCUCACGAGCAAACAGCAUUGAUGCUGGAUCUUCAUCCUAUGGUUCACCCACGGAUCUCUUUGGUCAUUCGCCCGAUGAUAUUUAUUACGAUGAUAGACACCAUCAGCAUCAGCAUCAGCAUCAGCAGCGAUAUCCAACGCCUGAUAUUGAAAUGCAUGUGAAUGGUGUAUCCGUUGAACUCGACUUGAUGCCCGAAACCGAGCGAACAGGGAUCCAUUUCGUACUGGAUGUGCGUGACUUUGAAGUGAUUGACAAUGUAAAGACAUCGUCAUGGAACAAGUUCCUUGGAUACAUGAGGCCGGAUUCACAUUCGUUGCCAAGGGAACGUGGCUCCAUGAUGCUUCAUGUGGAUUUGCAAGGAAUACGCCCCAUCGAUCAGGAUCCAACACUGGAGUUUCGAGUCAAGCUUAAAUUAUUACCGUUGCGAUUGUAUGUGGAUCAAGAUGCACUCAAUUUCAUGGUCAAGUACUUUACGUUUGACAAAAACUUGCUGCACUCUACCACCUAUGCCAAUGAUGCCAUCAAAAUGCCAGCAACCGAAGAAGCUGAUGCCGAUGAGGAGGAGGAGGAGGAUGACCAACAGCAAGAGGUCUUUUUACAAUCGGUCGAGAUCCAUCCCAUUGUGCUAAAGAUUGAUUAUAAGCCAAAGUAUGUCAAUUACGGCAACAUCAAGGAAGGACAAUUUGCAGAGCUCGUCAACCUAUUUCGAUUGGAUGAAGCAGAUAUCGAAUUGAGCCAUGUCAAGCUUACGGGUAUCAAUGGCUUUACACGGCUAGCUGACAGGUUGAUGCGAGAAUGGCUACCACAUAUCAAGAAUACGCAAGUACCUCACAUGCUUUCAGGUGUUGCACCCAUUCGUCCCUUUGUCAAUCUUGGUAACGGUGUCGCCGAUCUCGUAUUACUGCCGAUUCAACAAUACCGUAAAGAUGGCCGCAUUAUGCGAGGAUUACAAAAGGGGACACAAGCAUUUGCACGUGCAACAGCUAUGGAAGCUAUCAAGUUGAGUGCGAGGUUUGCAUCCGGUGCACAAGUGAUCCUUGAACAAGCCGAUGAUUUUUUCUCGUCCUCAUCGUCAACAUCAUCCACAGCCACAUCGCGACGUGAGCAAGUCGUUACGGAUGCCAUUGAAUUAUUUGAAGAUGAAGAAGGGUAUAUUUAUGCAACCACUGUACCAUCAAAGACAACACCUUUAUCCAUGCAACAACAACAGCAGCAACAACAACCCACGCUCAGCAAAUUUGCUCAUCAGCCAUCCGAUCUUACACAAGGGUUCCAAUAUGCGUAUCAAAGCCUGAGUCGUAAUCUAGGUGCAGCUGCAGAGACGAUCUUUGCCGUGCCAACUGAAGUUGUGGGGGAAGACAAUGGACAUCAUGCAAAAGCUGUGAUACGUGCAGUGCCGGUAGCUGUCAUCAAGCCUAUGAUUGGACUUACAGGAGCGUUCCACAGCAUCAUGGUUGGAUUACGCAAUUCGAUUGAUCCCAACAUGCGGUUACAAAACCAAGAUAAAUAUAAGCGAUAA